AUGGCAGGAGGUAGAGUAGCAGCCGUAGCAGCAGGCGUUUCUCGGCGAGUCAUCACCACCACCACCACCAAUCAUCAUCAUCGUCAUCAUGAUCACCAUGAUCAUCAGGCGUCGCAGUUGAUUCGUUCGUUUAACGAACCCGUUUCGCUAACUGUGUAUCUUUUUUGGGGGGGAGGAAGAGAAGGAGAGCCAACUGGGGCAACUCCAGCUGCCAAACCUGCCAAACCUGCCAGAACAUGGACGGAGCCUUGGCAGCCGAGGAUAUCUCAGGUUCAAUCUUUAUCGUGGAGUGGAGUGGAGUGGAGUGGGUCCCUUUGGGCCCCCGGUAGGACCACUGGUCCGGGUCUCGUAUUCUGGUCUCUCGCGCUGUAUUUUUCCAGAUUCGAGGGACGAGGAAGGGGAAAGCGAAGGGCAGCUGCUCCCCAGUCCCUUCCCUGUCCUCCUUCCACUGCGCCUGCCCAGAUUGGCCCCCGCUCCGCUGCGGUGCGGGGGGAGGAAGGAACGGACCAGGGUCGGGCUUGGCGGUUGCAACCGUGGGGCUUGGCGGGAGGAUUCGGUAUUACUGGGUAUCUUUGGUAUUCUACGGUAUUGGAUAUAGGUAUUGGAUAG